AUGAUUACUCCAACAGCUUCUACCUCAUCAUCAUCAAUUGCUACAGCAACAGCAGCAGUAGCAGCUUCAACAUCUGGAGCAGAUGGUUCAUCUCCGACUACCAGCGUUGUGCUGAAGAUGGGUAUUAUUGGAGAUGCGCAGAUAGGCAAGACCAGCUUGAUGAUAAAAUAUGCUGAGGGAGCGUAUGAUACAGAGUACACUCAAACAUUGGGUGUUAAUUUCAUGGAGAAAACGAUUCUUAUCCGGCAAGCAGAAAUUACAUUUAGUAUAUGGGAUUUAGGAGGUCAAAAGGAGUUUGCUAGCAUGCUACCACUCGUGUGUAGUGAUGCGGUCGCUAUUCUAUUUACAUUUGAUUUAUCAAGAAAAUCUACUUUAAAUAGCUUAAGGGAGUGGUAUAGACAAGCUAGAGGUUUAAAUAAGAGCGCUGUGCCUUUGUUAGUGGGCACGAAAUACGAUGAAUUUGUCAAUUUGUCAGACGCUGAUCAGGAGGAGAUUACUCGACAGGCGAGAAAAUACGCAAAAGUGAUGAAGGCGCCUUUAGUUUUCUGCUCGACAGCAGAGUCUAUCAAUGUACAAAAGAUAUACAAAAUUGUGCUGGCAAAAGUUUUUGAUUUGAACUGCACUUUGGCAGAGAUUUCAGACAUUGGAGGACCAAUUCUCGAAUACAAGCAUUGCUAA